AACGUACAGAAACGACUGCGACAUCCGAUAAUACGAUCAAACGACUUGAGACGACUAUCUACACUUACAACCCAUCGAUAAACAAGGAUAAUAGUAUUAUUGUUGUACAGUGAGCACCACAKUACUCUGCUGCAUUCCAAUUCAUCAGGCAUGAAGGUGUUCAUUAUGUUUGCUUUGYUUGCCGUGGGACAGAUUUCACAAGGACUUUCAAAAAAUACCAAGUCGUCUCCAAGCUCCACAUUCUGUAAGGGUCGUGCCGCUGGAUUGUACAAAGACCCAAAUUCGUGUGAUAAGUUUUUCCAAUGUGAUCAGUCAGGACGAUCAUAUGCGAUGCAAUGUCCAAAAGGAACUUGGUUUGAUGUAACAAUCGGCGUGUGUAACCAUAUCAACCAAGUGACAUGUAGACAAAUACAGACAGUGCCAUCUAAACCACGAAGUCUGAAAAUCGUCGCUAUCAACAGCACAACUAUUCAAGUCCGGUGGAAAAAACCUGGUAUUUACAGCAAACCAUUAAGAAAUUAUCAAAUCAUCAUCACAAGAUCAGGGUCAUCACAAUCUUUAAAGUAUACUGCAGCUCCUAGUCUGCUAUCAAUAAUGAUAAUGGGUUUAUUGCCUGGUAGUAGGUACAAUGUCACAAUGAAUGCUGUGAAUUCAGUUGGUAUUGGAAAACCAGCCAUUGGUGCUGUAACAACACCUUUUAACAUCCCACCACCACCAUUUAUCAUAUCAGCCAAGGCAAUGGAUUCAAAGACUAUUAGUCUGAAAUGGAAAGACCCUAUACUCGACAAUGAUGCAAUACUGAAUUACAUAAUAACAUACAGGAAAGCUAAUAAACAGGAUAGAUUCAGUCUGCGUUUGAAAGGUUAUGCCCAAACUGCUAUGAUUAAACAUCUUCAACCAGGGACUGCGUAUGAAGUUAGGGUCCAGGCUGUCACAUUUGGAGCUUAUGGAAAACCAGCUAUUGUGAAAGUAAGAACCUCAACUGGAGACCUGUGUCCUCAAGGAUAUCACUCAAAGACRGGUAAAAAACCAUGCCUUCCCUGCAUGUAUGGAAGUUAYCAGCAAGCUAUUGGCAAGAAGUCUUGUAUCAAAUGUUUACCUGGAACUACAACACUAAUAAAAGGAGCUAAAUCUAAAUCACAAUGUACAAAUGUUACUAUUGAUUAAUAGAAAUCAGAAACACUUCUUGAGAUAUGAAUUUGUGAAGUGAAAUACAUUCUUCAAUAAAAACCUAAGAACCA